UCUCUUUUUCAGCAGCCAUACUGAACCUAAGGGUUUCUUUCCUUCCCGCUGCUCUGAUUGGUCGUAAGAGAGUCUGUCUCCAGAAAUCUCUCUAAUCCUCUUAGAUAAAACAGAGCCCUCGUCCAAUCCCCUGCUCCAAUCCCUCCCCUCACUCUCCCGCCGUCUCCCUCUCUCUCGUUCUCUCCCUCUCUCUCUCUCUCCAUGGAGAAGAGGAGUUUUUAAUCCUAGUGGAUUACGUUGCAAAUUGGGUGACAGUGGAGGCGAGCGGCUGCAAAAUCUUCUGCAGACUGCCGGCUUUAUGUCUUCCUAAAUAUAUGCACGGUGGAGAAAUUAACCCAUUUAUUGAUCCUGGUUUCAUGAGGGGCAACCUGGAAGAACCUGGAACAGGUGUGGAGGAAACUUCUUUCUGUCACUUUUCUCCGAUGGAGUCUCUGAGAAGGAUCAGUUUUCAUCUUUAAACUCAAGAGUUUACAGACUUUACAGCCAUCAAAGAUCUUCUGGAAAUUUCUUGAAACUAAAAUAGCAACCGGCAAGAAGAUGCUGGUAGCAGGACAUGUUUAUGCAGACACGAUGGAGGGAAUUCAGGGUCCAAAGCCCACUGCCAUGAACACUGUCUUCUACUCGCUUUAGCCACCAUGAGGAAGCCGUUUCCUACAAACUCUUUAUGACCCUCUUGAAGUUUCAGAGCUGAUCCCAGUUUGUCAGACCACCUCCGAAAUUUUAGAAUUCGGCUUGGUUGAUGUUGGGAGUUGAAAGCAGGAUGGAGGGCAGGGUGCCCAGAAGGAGGAAGCUCCUGGGGAUUCUGGGAUUUUUAUGCCUGUGGAUUACAGCUCAGGCUCAGAUGAAGAUCCCACCGGAGACAGUGCAGCAGUGGGCGUCUGUGUUCUCUGUUGAACUUCAAGAGUUCACCACCAAAUACUCCGGCUCGCUGCUGCUACAGAAGAAACUGAAGGAUGUGGAGCCCAUCAUUAAGAUCGUGGAGGUGGACGGAAACGACUUGGUGAAGGAUUACUCUGAUGAAAUUGAACGAAUGUUGGGAAGCAAGAUGAAGUCAGUGAAGAGGUUGGCAGAGUCUGCAGAGGAUGCUGAUCUUUACCAUGAAUUCAACGCUUCGCUACAGUUUGAUUACUUUAACUCCAUGCUGAUCAACACGGUGGAUGACGAUGGGAACAACGUGGACCUGGGUGGAGAGUUUCCACUAGAGGAGAACGAGCACUUCAACAACAUGGCUGUGAACACGCAGCAGAGCGACAUCCAGAUUCCCACCAACGUCUACAACAAAGAUCCGAACAUCCUCAACGCCAUCUACAACUCUGAAGCAUUAAACGACGUCUUUAUCGGUAACUUCCAGAAGGACCCGACACUCACCUGGCAGUACUUCGGCAGCUCUACUGGCUUCUUCAGAAUCUACCCUGGUAUUAAAUGGACUCCAGACUCCAACGGUGUGGCAGCUUUUGACUGCAGAAACAGAAACUGGUACAUCCAGGCGGCCACGUCUCCCAAAGACAUCAUCAUCAUGGUGGACAUCAGUGGCAGCAUGAAGGGGCUGAAGAUGACCAUCGCCAAACACACCAUCAACACCAUCCUGGACACACUGGGAGAGAACGACUUUGUCAACGUCAUCGCUUAUACAGACUACGUUCGGUAUGUGGAGCCGUGCUUCAAAGGAACUCUGGUCCAGGCUGACUUGGACAACAGAGAGCACUUUAAGCAGCUGGUGGAGGACCUGCAUGUUAAAGGAGAAGCCAAGAUCAAACACGCCAUGAAGGAAUCCUUUAAAAUCCUCAACGAGGCGAGGGCGAAUGGUCAGGGCAGCAUGUGUAACCAGGCCAUCAUGCUGAUCACAGAUGGAGCCAUGGAAGACUUUGAGUCCGUCUUUGAGGAGUUCAAUUGGCCUGAGCGCAGGGUGCGAGUCUUCACCUACCUGAUUGGCAGAGAGAUGACCUUCGCUCAAAACACCAAGUGGAUCGCCUGCAACAACAAAGGUUACUACACACACAUCUCCACGCUGGCCGACGUGCAGGAGAAUGUCAUGGAGUACCUGCACGUGCUCAGCCGACCAAUGGUCAUCAACCACGACCAUGACAUCAUUUGGACAGAAGCCUACAUGGACACUGUGCUUCCCAACACCAAGGAGCUCUUCACCACCAAAGCUCAGAGUCUGCUGCUGAUGACCUCCGUGGCCAUGCCAGUCUUCAGCAAGAAGAAGGAAACGCUCUCCCACGGUAUCCUACUGGGUGUGGUCGGCUCUGACGUUCCACUGAUGGAGGUGAUGAAGCUGGCGCCCAGAUACAUGCUGGGCGCUCACGGCUACGCCUUCCUCAUCACCAACAACGGUUACAUCCUGGCUCACCCUGACCUUCGACCUCUGUAUAAAUAUGGAAAGAAACUGAAGCCGAAGCCAAACUACAACAGUGUGGAUCUGUCUGAGGUGGAGUGGGAGGAUACAGAGGAGAAGCUGAGAACUGCCAUGGUGAGGGGAGAGACAGGCAGCAGCAGCCUGAGCAUCAGAGCAUCAGUGGAUAAAGGGAAAAGACCUCUGUUCCUCAUCAAUGACUACUACUACACAAACAUUGAUGAAACACCUUUCAGCUUCGGCAUGGUACUGACGAGGGGUCAUGGAGGGCUGAUGUUUUUAGGAAAUGUGUCUGUGGAGGAAGGCCUGCAUGAUCUCACCUCCCCAGACCUCACCAUCGCCUCCGAGUGGACUUACUGUGAGACGGACAUCGACCCCGGCCACCGAAAAUACACUCAGCUUCAGGCCGCGAUCCGCUACCUGCUGGGAAAGGAGCCCGACCUGGAGUGUGAUGAGGUGUUGCUGCAGCAGACUCUGUUUGACGCCGUGGUUACGGCUCCACUAGAAGCCUACUGGAACGCCCUAAUGCUCAAUGACAGGGUGGAGCCAGGAGUUGAGACAGUCUUCCUUGGUACUCGUUCUGGCCUGAUGAGGGUCGUGAGAUAUGCAGGAGUGGAGUCCAGAGUGGCAAAAAAAUUUCUGACUCCAGCUGAUAAAGACAACUUGUACACCAUUGAUCACUUCCCUCUGUGGUACCGCCUGGCUGUGGAAAACACUCCUGGAAGCUUCUACUACUACCCCGUCAACGACAAAGGAGUGAAGUACAUCAUAGCAACGACAGCAGUGACAGUGUCCUCUAAAGGAAAGACGGCCAUGGCUGGAGCUAUCGGGGUGCAGUUGUCCUUGGAUUGGCUGGAAAAGAGGUUCUGGGCCAUCGCCAAACAGCCCAGUGACACAGACUGCUCCAACAUCGAAGGCGUGUGUCCUCUCAGCUGUGAGAGUGUUGAUCUGAACUGCUUCCUGGUCGACAACAACGGCUUCAUCCUGCUGUCCAAAGAGAGGAACGAGGUUGGUCGUUUCUUUGGCGAGGUGGACGGGUCUGUCAUGGCGUCGCUGAUCAAGAUGGGAAUGUACAAAAAAGUGUCGUUGUAUGACUACCAGGCGAUGUGUAAGAACAAUCAUCAUCACCACAACAGCGCUCGACCACUGCUCAGCCCGUUCUAUGUCAUCACAGCACUGAUAAGAUGGUUCUUCUCCAACGUGCUCAUGUUCUUGCUGGACUUUAAUCUCUGUGGUCUCUGGCACUCUGAUUAUUUUGUGGAUGCCAAGGCUGGCUACCAUACAAGUCACAGGCAGAAGAAGGUGGAGCCUAUGCAGCCCUGCGACACGGCAUAUCCCGGCUUCAUGUACGACUCAUCCAUCAGAGAAGCCAACAGUCUCAUCAAGUGUGGACGCUGCCAGAAGAUGUUCGUAGUGCAGCAGAUUCCCAACAGUAACCUGGUCCUGGUCGUGACUCAGGCAGACUGUGACUGUUCUCGUCAGUAUGGAUCGAUCCUGCUGGAGCCCAAAGAGAUCAAAUAUAACGCCACAGUGAAGUGCAACAGGAUGAAAUCUCAAAAGGUGCGGCGGCGUCCGGAGUCCUGCCACGCCUACCACCCAAAGGAAGAUGCUAAGGAGUGCGGCGGGGUGGCGGUCAUCUCCCUGUCACUGUCGCUCUUCUCUUCCUCUCUGCUUGCGUCGCUCCUCCUCCACUGCUGGACGUAAAAAAAACGACCAAUCAGGGCGCUCUGAGGGAGGCAACACAGAGGAUUUAAAACAAAACAAACAUGCAGCAGGUGACCAAAGGAUGUUUUUUGUAGUUUCCCACAAGAGACAACGGGAUAUCUCAGAUUUUCUUUCCUGCUGUUCAGACGAGCUUCGGCUCGCUCUGCAGAGGAGAUUAAAGGGCUAUGUGAUUUUUUUUUUUUUACUGAAUCAAGACUAAUUUCUCCUUCCUGAACGAAAAUGAACGUGGAAGAAAACUCUGAAGUAGCUGCAGGAGAAACGAGUCUGAUGGACAGAAACUGUAAAUUGUGCAGCUUAUGGAGAAAUGUUGCCACUCAAAGAAUGUAGCAUCUUUGUAGCUUUUUGAUACAGAAACAUUGUAUACGAGUAGAGUUUUACAUUCAAGUGGUUUACUAUUUAAAAACAUAGAAAUGAAAAAUAAGGGUUGAACUUUAAACCCGAUGUUCCCAGAGAACAAAUGUUACAGGACAGGUUGUGUCACAUAAAUAUCAACAUGCAGGUGGAUUCUAGACUGAAGUACUGCUGCGUGUUGUAGACGUGCGAUUGGUCAAAAUGAAUCUGGUUGAUCUACAAGAAGAUUUAGACUUUCAGCAGGUGACAUUAGUCAUGUUUCCAUCCGAAUGUGUCACAAAUUUGAACUCCAUUUUGAGUAAAUCGUCAAAAGAAAAUAUGAAAGAAACAACCGUUAUAAAUGGUUAUACUGUGUGUGACCAGAUAUCUGAGUUACAUAUAUCAUUAUCUGGAAAUAAUUCAUACUGACCAUCUUUGCUCUCUAAGACACAACAUGUUUACACUCUAAACUGCCCACUGGAGCUGAAGUCUGUCUGCAGUUUGACGUUCUGUUUCAGCUUCUCUAAAAUAUUUCUUGACAUGGAAAUGACAGGUCUUGUUGUAGUGACUGUCUCAGCUCAAUGUUGAAAAUGUUCAGGUGAAGUUAUCCAACAGUAUCUUUUUUACAAAUGCUCCGUGAAGCAGUUUGUCAUACUGAAUGUUUCCACUUUCAAGCACAGUUUCUAUUGGUCGACUGAGCGUGCUUCCAUGAGUGAAAUGUGUCAUGUGACCGCUCCUGAAGUCUUCAUCCAAUCAUCCAAAACAAAAAACAUCAAUAAAUGUAACUCUCUUCACUUCUACAUGUCCUACGUUUGUAUCAUUUUUAUUGUCAUUUCAAAGUUGCUGAAAAUUUCUGCCAGCAGAUCAAAUUCACAGGAAAGAAAACUUACCAGCGUCUGUUCUGACAAAAGAAACACUUUAAUACAAACUGCAGUCUGUGCUUGUACAGUGAUGCAUGUGCUGACUUCAGGUGACCUUUACACAUCUGUCGGGUCUCUUAGUUUUAUUCUCUAGUUGCCUUGACAACCUCCUCCAAUU